CUGCAAGUUACAUCACGUUGGCUGGCUGGUAUGCCAAUGCCAUCGAUGAUUCUGGCCUCAGCGAGCCAGAAGGAUGAAGAAGUCCCAGAGGGCCUGAGGCAGCGCAAGCGUCCCUCGGCGCCCGUGGUUGCCACACAGAAGCCCGAAGCAAAGGCGGCCGUCGCCGCGGAGCCCGGUCCUUGGGCUGCUCGCGGUAGGACAUUGGUUGCUCUGCUCUGCUUGUACGGCUUCAGUCCAGUUUUGAUGCUGUGGGCACUUGCCGCCUGGGUGAGGCACAGACUCUUCGGUGGAAGCUUCAAAGCUGCUCCAACACCAAAGAAACUCAACAUCUUGGUCACUGGUGGUAAGAUGUCCAAGGCUUCCGCAGUGGCCCGGGCAGUUGGACGCCAUGGCCACAAGGUUGUGACUGCUGAGAUCAUGCCCUACAAGUUCUGCCACACGUGUUUCUGCAGCUACGUGUCCGCGCACUACGUGUUGCCGAGGCCCACUGUGGAGCCAGCGAAGUGGGAGAGCACCAUCAUGAGCAUUGUGGAGGCGGAGGACACCGACCUGAUCAUUCCUUGCACGGCCCCCGUGGAGAGUUCCGCUUACGCUCACUUGGCAAAGCGCCUGCCAGCUAAGGUGAAGGUAUUUGCCUUUGAUGCGGCUGUCACUGACGAGUUGGACAACAAGUUCACCUUCAAUCAGGUCCUAGUGAAGGCUGGUUUGCCAUGCCCGGAGACUGCAAAGAUGGAGUGCCUUGAGGAUGCCUUGCAGUUCUUCGAGGGGAAGAGCACCAGUGAGGGCAGCCGGAAGUACAUUGUCAAGCCUGCAGUGUACGACCCGAAAGCUCGCACUGAGAUUCUCUUCUUGCCAAUCGAGGACGAGAAGCAGCUUGAGUAUCUCAAGUCUCGCAACGCCAGCAAGCAAGUGCCCUACGUGAUUCAAGAGGUGCUGCAGAACCCCGAGUAUGGCUGCUAUGCACUCUAUAACAAGGGAGCGCUGACUGGCUUUGAAUUCUUCGAAUCUGCGGCAUCCUGCCUCAGGUACCGUCAGGAGUCGGGAAAGAACUAUGAUGACGUGAAGAACCUCUGUGCAGGGCUCGGAAAGGCCAUGAACCUCACUGGGCAGCUGACCCUCGAUCUCAUGCACAACUCGGACGGAGCGAUGUUGCCAAUUGAGUGCAACCCCCGGAUCCACAGUGCAGUUUGCACGCUUGAGGGUCACAAGAAUCUGGGUUUGGCUCUCGCUGACGAGGGUCACGUGCCCAGCGACGCGGAUGUCGUCACAUCCAGCCCAAAGACCCUGAAGUACUGGAUCAUGGAUCAGGUCUUCCUUCGUGCCGGCUUCUGGAAGCACAAGAACUGCUUCAAGUUGUCCCUUUGGGAGAUGCUCUGCGGCACUGAUGCUCUGCUGCACGGCGACGAUCCCUUGCCCUUCUUGACGAUGUAUCUGGUCCAGAUUCCAUCAUUGCUCCUUCUUGAGCUCGUUGCAGGCACACCCUGGCUGAAGAUUGACUUCUGCAUUGGCAAGAUUGUGAAGGAAGGCGGGGACUAAAGGUUAGCUGUGGGGCAGCUUUUCUCUCUGAGCCUUCGCUACAUCUUGUUCCUCACCACAUCGCUCCAGAGCUGAUUGGUGGGGCUGUGGAUAGUGCACUCUCGAUUUCUCUGAUAAGUUUGCAUGAUUUUUAUUCGGCAAGUCCUGGGCGGAGUUCUCUCUAUGAGCAGAAGACUACUGACGCAAGCGAACUGAUCCAUCCACACGGCCUUAGAAGACUUAAGCGAAGCUCUGAGUGGAAAAUGCACAUCGAUUUUCUUGUGAAACUGAUUUGCUG